AUGCCUCGGGAAAACCGGAAGAGAGGAAAGAAGCACAAGAAGAAGGCCGACGAAGAGCAAGACUCUCAUGGGGCUCCUGAACCGCGCUAUGAAGAGGCCUCAGAAGUCGUUGAGGACGCGGGGCCUUCUUGGAUCAAGCCUGCUCGCGAGGACACCGUGGACAUGAAUGCGCCCUUCGGUUACGUCGACAGCGAAGUGAAGGCAUAUUUUCGUACGGUGGAUGUGCAAAUUCGGGAGUGGCAGAACGCGGCACCUGAGCCGGACGGGGACGAGGAAGUGGAUCCAAACGAAGACCGCCGCCUUUUCUUCAUGGCUGCUUUGAGCGAAAUUUCAGAGAAGGAAAAACAGCUUGCGACGGAUCCUGACUGUUCUACCAUCCUUGAGCGCAUGGUCCAUUCAAUGGACGACUUCGCGCGCCGUGUUUUCACGGACCGUUUGAGCGGCUCGCUUGAGCAACUGAGCAAGCACCGGUUUGCAUCCCAUGUAUGCCAGACUCUGCUCUCCACCGGAAGCGAGACCGUCUCACGAGAGACGCGAGGGAUCUUUCCUCCUAUCCCAGAAUCGGAAGAAGACGCAGGAGAACUCAGAACGUUUGCUCAGUUGGUCCUGGAUGCUUGCGAGGAGCUUCUUCCCUCAAUGCCGAGUCUUGUUAUGGACCAAUUUGCAUCACAUGUUCUUCGAACCCUUUUACAAGUCCUUGCCCCGGACGUCCUGUCCACCGCUGAUGACCUUGGCGACGCUGGAGGGAAAGUUCGUUCCAAGAAGAGCGCCGCGUACAAGGCUCGACAAGGUCCCAUGAAAUCCGUUUUCACAGACAAUCAGCGGUCCCUGCAAUACAGUGCCAAGCACACGCCCAAGGAGUUCCGCAAAGCCGCCAAGAACAUCACCUCAACUCUACGAGAAUCGCUAGGGGAGAACGAGGUCCGAGCAAUGGCGGCCAACCCGGUUGCUAGUCCAGUCCUGCAGGCAAGCGAUUAUCCGUGUGAGUAUGAAGGUAUGCUCCUCGAACUAGAGGCGGCGUACGGAAUGGCAGACUCACCAGGGUCGCUCAUGGAUCAUGCUUUAGUCGGCCUGAUCACAUCCCUUCACAACGAUCCUGAGGCAGACGCUCCAGAGUCUGACUAUCUCACGACACUCCUGCGGGACCCUACUGCAUCUCAUCUUCUCGAGGCCCUUGUCCAACGAUCACCGCAGCGUGUAUUCGAUGUCUUGUGGAAGACCUAUUUCAUGGGAAAGUUGCACAAGUUAGGCGUACAUCCUGUGGCCAACUUCGUAGUCGCGAAAGCCUUCGAACGACUAACAGCCGAGCAGCUGGUUUCAGCUGUGGAUGAAAUAAGAAACGUCGCGACGAAAGUUGUCAAGAAUGCUCGCAUCGGUGUCCUUCGAGCACUCGUCGACCGUGCAUGCAUAGUGCAGGGUGGUGCUGAAGAAGUUGUGCUUCUCAUCUCUAGCGCGUUCGAACUAGAUGGUGCAGAGGACAAGUCUACACAUGUUCAGUGCAUUUUGCGACUGCUGAGUCCUGAGGUCAGUAGUAUGUUCCGCGAGCCUGUCGCUGCCGCCACAGAGGGUAAUCGUGAUGGAGAGCCCCGACAUAAAAAGAGGAAGACCGAGGAUCCCUUAGAGCCCAAGACUCAAGGUGCGGUCCUCCUACAAUCAAUCCUCAGGCUACCUUCUCCCCACAAUGACAUCGUACUCGAUAGCAUCUGCACCUCCUCGCCAGAGACCCUCAUCGAGAUGUCCCACCACCCCACCUCCUCCCGCAUCCUCGACGCCCUCCUCACUUCCACCACCGUCCCUCCCAAAGCCCGCCGCACGCUCACGCUUACGCUCCUCCCGUACCUCCCCGCGCUCGUCGACGACCGCAUCGGCUCUCGUGUCGGAGAGCGGCUCUUCGCCGCCGCGGACCCCUACCUACGCGAGAAGAUCGCGCGCGCCGCCGCGCCGCAUCACGCCGCGCUCGCCGGCUCGUAUUUCGGCAAGUUCUUUGUACGCGGCCUCGCGCUUCACGUCCUCCAGCGCGAUCCAGAGCGUUGGAAGGCGAUGCAGGCGGAGGAGAAAGAGCGGCAGCGGGCGCAGAUAGACGCUACGGGCACGGUUCCCGCGCAAAGCACGGACAUGAGGCGCGGAGCGGAGGAGAAGCGGAGCCAAGAAGGGGAAGGGGAAGAAGACGGGCGGCGGCCAGACGAGAUUGACGAAGUAUUUGGCGCGCUUGGUGGCAAGGUCAAGAAGGCCGAGCUUGCUGCGAGGGAUGCUCAGGCUCGGCCUAGCGAGGAUGGGGAAAGCGGGGAGAAGGGGGAGAAGAAGAGUAAGAAGAAGCGGAGGAGAGACGAAGACGGAGAAGAGCGUGGGGGCGCCGCGGGGUUGGAAGAUGUACUCGGCGCCAUUCGCUCUGCACCCAAGGAGGAGAAGAAACGAAGGCAUAAGCAUUAG